AUGGCAAAAACGCUGUGGAGUACAUUCCUUCUGGCCAUCUUUGUCCUACUUCUGAACUCAAGCCAUGAAGCAAAAAAAUUCCUUGGGACCAUUUUGAUUCAAGAGCAGAGUCAGGAAGCAUUGGAUACUUUCAAAACUGUUUACAAUGUUUUCAACAAUGACACAUACAUCAGCAACAUCAAGAACAUCAAAGUGUGGACAUGGUCUGGGAUGAUCUAUGGGAAGGUAGAACUUGGUCAAACAACGUGUACCAGGAUUGAAUCUGACGUGGAAAAAUGUCCUUUAAAAACUGAGUUUCGGCCAACAAAUGGUGCCCAAGGAGUUACAAGGUAUGUCAUAACAAAGCCAGUACAAAACACAUGCAGUGAGUUCCUUUCUCAAGUGGCUGACUGUCCCUUCAACGAACAAGCAGAUCAGCAGAAGAAAGUGCUCUGCAAUUUCGUUACCACCAACCUCACUACACAGUUGUAUAAGAUUGUCAUGAAUAUCAAGUGUCUUAAUGUCUGA